GGCGCGAAUACACGGAAGUUGAGAUGGUAUCUAGACAGAUGUCAACAUCGAAGAUCUACUGAGUUAAAACUCUUUAUAGAGAGGGUUUCAUGAUCGGUGAUGGAAUUCCUCGACUUUUCUACCAACCCACUGCAUGCAGGAAGCAGACCUGCUACUAGUCAUGUGAUGAUGAUGAGCCACGUGGGUGCCCUGAAGACCUGGCUGAAGACCUCCUACUGUGUCACGGUCCCGGAGGACUGGCUGGAGGCUUGUCUAGAAUGGAUUCAAGAAGAAAAUCCAGGAUCCGACGUAAGUCUACAGUCCCUGAAGAACCAGGUGUACGAACAGUGGUUGAUGUCAGACUUACGGGAGUUGAAGAUGGGUUGUCUCCCUUUAGAGUUGCUGGAGGCACGGAAGAUCGAGAUCAGUGGCAUAUUUGCAUUACAAAUUGAUUCAGCAGUGAAUGUAGGGAGUUCCUUCUACUCCCAAGGUCAGAAGAUAAAGGGAGAGGAGAACCCCAAUGCACAAGUAUCAGCAGAUGACACCAGACAGCCAGCAUGGGAGCCCAAGCCUACACGCAUGAUAGUUCUCAAACUGACCGAUGGAGUGUCCGAUGUCAAGGGGAUGGAGUACAGACCUGUUGCAGCACUCACACCCUUCAUGACUCCGGGGACGAAGAUGCUGGUAAAGGGCAGGGUGCUAUGUCGCCACGGGAUGCUGAUGCUAGGGCCCGAGAAUGUCCAGAUCCUUGGGGGAGAGGUGGACAGUCUGAUGGAGACCCACACCCCCGAGGCUGUGCUGGCUGCAGCGAUGCAGGUUGGGCAGACCAAUGAGGGGAAGAGCGAGAGACAAGAGUUCUCUGGACGCAUGCUGAGUAAAGGGGAAGACAAGAAAGGCGUGGCCAGCAUGCACCACUCUGGAACAACACCCAGAUCAGCUCCAGGGUUUAAACAGGAGAAUAUCAAGAGAGAAGCAGCACAACACAGUACACAGCGGUACAAUUCAACAAGAAAUAUGUCGCUGGGUAUACAGGGAAAUACCACCUCACAUCAAACUAGUGUCAAGUCGGAAAUGCCAGAUCCUGACGAUUGGGAGGAUGAUUUUGACUACGAUGCUCUCAUGGCUGACAUGGAAGAGGAGAGUACAGCACAGGCAACCACAAGAGUUCAACCGCCAACACGACAAAUAAAGGCCGAGCCUCCCAGCCAGCAUCAGACGUCUACUGGGAGGUCGACCAAUCACAUUGAUCACAUGGGCAUUGAGGAGGAUGUGUUCAUGGAUGACUUUGAUGAUGACUUUGACAUGCAGACGUCUUUUUCCAGGACAGUUAAGCAGGAGGUUAAACAGGAACCAAUAAGUCAAUCUUCAAGAAAAAUGACGAAUAACAGAGUUGUCCAAAACCCAGACAGGAUACUAGACUCAAACAGAACCAAUCAAAACACCUUACAAAGCAGAAAGCAAUCUGUUUCUAUUUCCACAGGCAUUGAUCACCCGAGGGGAAAGGAAGAGGUUGGUGAAGUCCCUGAAAGUCGUUUAACAGGAGAGAUUGGGUUUACUUCACAAAACAGACCUUCUGUUAAUAGGAAUUACAAACAGCAUGAUAGAAAUAAAAAAUCAGGGUCAGCAUAUGUAGCUGAUGAGGACUUCGAGGAGGAUUUUGACUUUGAUGGUUGUAAUGUUGAACCAAGUAACACUUCCAGCUCUUUCACUGGUGUACAAGCAAAGAGGAUGAGGCUUGACAUUCCUGCCAAAGACCGACAGAGCUCUGAGACUAUGUACACUAAACACACGAUAAAGCCUGGUCCUGAUGAUGGCCAAGUGUGUAGUAAGACUGAUGUUCCCAAAGCAGUUAUUCAUCCAUUUCCCAAUAAAACAAAUAUGAAAACUGUUGGUUCAACCACCUCUGUCCCAUCAAACCAGGCAAGUAGGAGUGCCCCCAGAAACCAAGGACAGUCCAGGUUGGAUAGAUUCCUUGGAGGGGGUUCAAGUCCAGGCCCAUCAGCACCAGCUGUACUGGAAAGAUUCAUCUAUCUUUCAGAGAUCCUCAGAAAAAUGCCAGUGACAGAAACAAAGGAGUUUGUAAUCAAGGGUUAUAUCUCCACCUUGACGAGCAAGUUGACCAGCUGUCAGGGCAAGACCUGGAGCCUCUCCUGCAAGGUCAAUGAUGGUACUGCAGCCCUGAAUGUUGAUCUGUCGAACAGCGUCCUGACAAAGUUGAUCGGAUUCUCUGCAGAAGAUAGUGUUGUAAUGAAACAAAGAGCCAAGAGGGAUCCUACUGUCAAAGAUGUGCUGACAGAGGGCCUGCAGCAGUGUCAGCAGCAACUCACAGAUCUUUCCAGUCUCAUGAAGAUCAAGUUCCAACCUGACCAGCCAAAACCAGUUCUCUGCCAGAUUAUUCCAGUUACAUCUGGUCAUGUCCAGUGUCUAUACAAUCAAAUUAUCAGCAAAAUAUUGAUAGAAAGAUAAUAAAUGUUUUCAAAAUGGUUA